CUUUCGAUACCGAUAAGUGCGGUCAUCAAGUUGCAACCCUAUAGAGACGCCGGUGUAAAGAAAAAACGGAAGAAUUUGUGUAGCCGUAAAAUAUUUCGAAAAACGUGAAAAGACCCCCGAAAAGUGAGUUGCAGUAAUACGUGUCCCGCAGGAAAACGAGGAAUACCACGAACAAGAUGUCGGACAUCUCAAGCGAGGACCUGCGUCGCGAAAUACAGGCCGUUCUGAAGGACGCAGAUUUGGCCACCAUUUCCGCGAAGAGGGUGCGCGAGCAGGUGGAGGGGAAGCUCAACUGCUCCUUGCUGAGCCGCAAAAAGGAGUUCGACAAGAUCGUGAUGGAGGUGAUCAACGAGCAGCAGGACGAGGAGGAUGAGGACGAUGACGAGGGCAAGGACCCGGAUGCGGAGCCCGAUGAUGAGAGCGAGCCCAGCGAGGAGGAGGACCCCAGCAGCAGCGAGGAGGAGGCCCAAAAGAAGAAGAAGCCGGGUCCCAAGAAGAGGCCACAACCCACCAAGCACAAGGCGCCCAAGAAGAAGCGCAAGACCCUGAACGCAGAUGAUUCCGGGACCGAGAGCGAUGCAGGAUCGGAUUCGGACUAUGAGGUGGUAAAGAAACCCGCCGCCAAGAAGAAGGGCAAGGCUGCCGGAGGAGCAGGGUCCGGGUCCGGACGCAAGAGCACCGGCUUCACAAGGGCCUACAAUCUCUCACCCGAACUGAGCGCCCUCAUGGGCGAAUCCUCGCUACCCCGCCACGAAGUGGUCAAGAAGGUGUGGGCCAUCAUCAAGGAGCGCGACCUGUACGAUCCCAAGAACAAGCAGUUCGCCAUCUGCGACGAUGAGCUGAUGAAGGUGAUGAAGAUCCGCCGAUUCCGCACCUUUGGCAUGCUCAAGCACCUCAAGCCGCACUUCCUCGACUAAGUUCGCGCCGCCCGCCGAUCCUCUCCAGAUGCAACCAUAUAUGUACGCAGCCUCACAGCCAGCCUGGUUUACCUAACCCACUGUAACUUUCGGCUCCGCUUGGAUUUGUUUGUUCCACACAACCUUUGAUUAAGAUUUAGUUGACGCAUGUGUUUAGCAUUAACCUAAUUAGGACGGGUUUGAUAUGCACUUUACGGCAUUUUAAGGAAAAGUUCAGACGAGAAGCGUAAGAUGAACGGAGAAAUUAUAUAAAAGAAAACUGUAAUACAUAAAGUGUAUGAUUUUUUUAUAACAAACUCGUGUAGUUUACAUUUUAUAAAGUAUCAAAGAAAAACAAGUUUAAGGCAAUGUAUCGAGUAAUAAAAAGAGAAAUAGACGAGUGAUGCAUCUGAA